GUAGCAACCAUCCAAACAAAAAACCAAAACAAAAUAGUAAUGAAAAAACAAAAGCUAAAAAUUUUAUUAAUUGGACCGUGUGGGACGGGUAAAACUUCCAUUGCAAAUACAUUAUCAGACAAUGGUCCAAAAUGGAAAGCAGAUGGUUCAUUUAAAUUAGGUCCCACCAAAGCACUACGAAUUGUUGAAUUUGAUUAUCCAGAUUUGAAUGUAAAUAAUGAACAUAUUACGGCUGAAAUUGAAUUAUGGGACACCAGCGGUGACGAUCAAUAUAAAUUAACAUGGCCUGCGCUACGUCAUGAAACACAUGGUGUAAUUUUUGUGUACUCCAGAAAUUCCACAGAAACAAAUCGUAAAUUGGAAAUUUUUUACAAUUAUUUUGUAACCCAACCAAAAUUGAGUGCACGACAAUGUUUUGUAAUUAAUCAUAUUUUACCAAAUAAUGAAAGUGAUAUUGAAAUGGAUAUUGUUAAAUUAUCUCCAACAUUUGCAAAACUAUCUCAAAUUAAGGUGAAUUUGAGUGAAAACUCAUUGAAAUUAAAGAAUGAUUUUCGUGUAUAUGUUACUUCAUUACUUUCAACAUUAAAAAAUCAUCGUAAAGAGUAAAAAAUUUAUUGUACCGAGCCCUUCAUGUAGGCACAACCUUUGAAGGGCCGUGGCUCGGGAGGGUUAAGGCUUAAAACUCAAUCAUAGCGCCACCAAUCAUGUCCAAUUGUGAAUCUAAACCAUUUAUAGGGACCCACUCAUAGACACACACCAAAUUUCAUCAAAAGAACCACUGCGCAUUUUUCCUUAAACACACAAACAAAAUUCACCAA